AUGACCUUUCUGAAGGAGGAUUCCAAAAAGCGACUGCACACUGGGCAGCUAAAAUUGCAGGCUCUAGAUAAAGAAUCUUCCACGUCGUCAAAACGCGCCAAAUCCACUUCCCUAGGUUCUGACCGCAAGACCUCUCUGCCCUAUGUCUCAUCCAAACCCCCCUCAACAGCCACCACAAAAACUCGCUUUAGCACACCUACAAGUGAGAUAUUUAUCAAGAAGAAUGCCAACAGACCACUGUUUAAAUCCCCAUCCUGGCAGAAUAGAAAAAUACUUCAGCAGAAUGGAGCAAGAUCCCCAGUGGCUGGCACGCCAACUCCAACCGCAGUACCUACUACAUACAAGGCUUCGGAUUUUCCGAAAAACAGCACACUUACAGCAAGACGAAAGUCGAUAAACCUGUUGCCGUCUCUGCCGAGUCGGGUGAAGAGUGAACCACAUAGCCCAUCCAAAAAUGGCUGCUCUGAUGAGCCUACUUCAGAGCCAUACCCGACGAAGCAGGCGCAACACUAUCACCACUCAUCUGCGGAUAGCCCUGAACCAGAGCAAAAGCUUCUUAGUGCUCGUCGUCAUUCGAAUCACAAACGAUUUAUCAAUCAGGAAAGACAGAUUUCCAAGACAAGAAGCCUACCUAGAGGACAAUCGAAGCCCCCCAAAAUCACUUCAGCUUACCCGGUUUUGCGCCGUACAUCUACGCGGGUUAGCAAACUUCAGAGCGCUACUUCUAGUUCACGUCUAAGCCCUGAUUCAUCGUCCUGUAGCCUCACCAAGCCCAAUUCAAAUAACAGCAAACAAAAAGCAUCCUCCAAGGCCAAAAGCAUCAAUUCGUCAUCAACACCAUUAAGGCCUACCGUGGUAGUGGAGAUUGACAACUCACCAUACAAGUCGGCUUCGCGAAAGCUGCUCGAGAAAUUCCGCCAACCUUUCCCUAGAUCAGAGAGUGCUACGACCACAAAAGCCAGUGUCAAAAGCGCUAGAAAGCAAAAAGAGGCCCAAUUGCUCACUGAACUCAAAAAGGAUACCACCAUAGCUCAAUCGCGCGCCUCAACUGUCGAAGACUUUUUCGGAAGCCAUGGCCUCUCGAAACACUACAACGAUGCAUGUACGAUUGACCAGCGAAGGUCCCUUCAAGUUGCCCAGACCAAGGCCAAGAGAGUCAAGAGAUCAAAAAUCAAGCUUGAUUGGGAAGCACCGUUAACAGAAAUAGUAGCAAGCACCUUCAACCCUGCAGACGUGAUACCUCCAUCAGAGCAAGCCAAGCGCCUUCUUGAUUUAAAGUUUCAGGAUGUAUCUGGCGGGGCUUCUCUUACGUUUGUGAACGAAAAAAACGAUAUACAAAUCAGUGGCAAGUUCCAGUUCGUUGAUUCUUAUUUACAAAGAGGACUUCGAGAGAUCGCACAGAAAUCGCAAGUCACGUCACCCGAAAUUGGUUGUACAUGCUCUGGUCAGUGCGAGUCUGACGACUCAGCUUGUCGCUGUCUACGAGUCGCAGAGGGGUCAGUUAGACCAUACAUCAAACGUGAUGAUGGUCUUGUUACGCUCAAUCCUCAUUUCAUCGAUACUGUUGGUUUUGCACCUGAGAAAAUUUUCGAAUGCAACACCAGUUGCCGGUGCAGUGGUGACUGCUUCAACACCGUCGUUCAAAAAGGUAGAACUGUACCCCUGCAGAUUUUUAUGACCGAGCGCUGUGGCUUCGGCAUUCGCUCUCCAGAACGGAUCAAGAAAGGCCAAUUCAUCGACGUUUAUCUUGGAGAGCUUCUAACCACCAAAGCCAUCGAGGAGUAUGAGAAUGCCAGCACGGAAAUGUCGUCCUCAUACGUCUUCUCCCUGGACUUCUUUGGCCCUGCCUCCUACCAUGUUCAAGGCCUGCACUUUGGAAGCCCAACCCGCUUCAUCAACCACUCCUGCAAUCCAAACACCCGCACAUUCACAGUGAUGAUGAACCACGCAGAUCAGAAGGUAUACAAACUGGCCUACUUCGCAAUCCGCAACAUACCGGCAAUGAAAGAAAUCACCUUCGACUACAGCCCGGAAACAGCGAACGAGGAGCCCUGGGUUCCCACCCCAGGAGAAGAAGACGAGGGCGUGGUGAGAUGCCUGUGCGGAGAGAAAAACUGUCGAGGCAGGGUUUGGCCGAAGCGGCAGACAGCGAGGAGGAAGGGAAGGGGCUGGGCCAGAACAUAA